CUGACAGAGCUCAUAGUAGGAAGUAGCACAGAGUGGUGUGCAAGCAGGCAAAUUGGGGAAACCGAAACGCGGCCCCAUGCAGACCUCGCCAUACGAAAUCAAAGAGAAGUUAUUACAAGCUCUGGACCACGAAUACAAUGUUGUGGACAUGGCUGCAGUUAUGGAAGUUAUUACUGCCUUGGAGAAGGUUAUUAUUACUAAGGAAGCUUUAGAAAAAACAAGAAUUGGACGAUAUAUAAAUGAGCUAAGGAAAAGGACAACAAAUGAACAACUUGCACGCAGAGCUAAAGAUCUUGUUAAAAGUUGGAGAAAACUAUUACCACAGACGCCUCAAAGAAUAAAUGGUGAAGAAAUAGUAAUCAAUAUUAGGCCAUCACCUGGCAACAUACCUGUUUUAGGUCCAGGUCCUGGUCCAGGUUUUGGGCCAGGACCUGGACCAGGAAAUAGGACAUCAAAAAACACACACACAUGUAUUUCAGUGCCUGGAACUCCACGAUAUAAAACUUUAAGUCCUUCAAUGAUGGGGGGUGAACGAUCUUCUAGUCCCUAUUUCUCUAGUGCCUCGAACAGCCCAUUAUUAAAUUCUUCUGUACAUCAGGGAUCAAGCUUACCAUCUAUGCCAUCUAACUAUGCACCGGUUAAGUUUGUUUCUUGUAAUAGUGCAACAAAAGAGAGAGGAGAGAAAGUUAAUUCUAUUAAUAAAAGCUUACUUAAUAGUAGUAAUCAAAGUAAAAAUGUGACUUCAAGUCAUAUGUUUCAACCUGUUAGUCCAUCUUUUGCUUCAGUUAAGGAAAUUAGUAGUAUUGAAUACAAUAAUACAUACAGUGGUACAAUAAUAUUGCCUUCGACACAAAGGAUUGAUAGUCCUAAUCUCAGUCCUGGACAUAAAACAAAUUCUAGUUCUAGCAGUCCAUCAAUAACUAUUGUAAAUUUAUGUUCUCAACCUGCAACGCCUACAAUUGCAUGUUCUGCAACGCAUUCCACCUUGGACAUAGCAAAAACAAAUGUAGCCAAUAAGCGAUUACGAAAAGAGAAUACUUUUAGUAAUUGCACUUCUCUCUCGCUUAAAGAACUUGACAAUAGUAAUUCUAAUUCAAAAAUUGGUAAUGGUACAAGUGACAUUGAUGAAGUUAUUUUAAUUAGUGACAGUAAUGCAUUAACUAAUGAUAAUUUCAUGAAUUCUGAUUCUGUUGAUACAGAUGUUCAAAUCAUUUCAAAGACCUCCAAUUCAAAAACUCCUAAGAGGAAGAGGAGCUUAGACAAAAUUGAGCUUCAAGAAAGUCGUUUAAACGAAAUGAUAGCUUCCUUGCCAUCAGGCUCCAAACAUCCAAAAGUAAAAACUACUCAACAACUUAUUGCUGAUUUACAAGCAAAAAAAGGUUUUAGUUCUCUAUUGUCUGCUGAUAAUUUAUCAUCAGUUGAUUCUCUUCAUGCUUCUGAUGCUGAAGUGUCUCGAACAAAAUCUGAAUUAUUGAAGAAAUUUUUGAUUGCUUCUCAAUCUGUUAGGCAUGAUAGCAAUCAUGAAAGCCCAACUGAUGAAUCAAGUGUUUCUAUAAUAAGCGAUUGUGGGUCACAUUCUGUUCCAGAUGUAUCUUCUGUGAUAAAUACAAACUUCGGUAAUAGCACCAGCAUUUCUCAUACAGAUCCUGUUGAUGAAGAUAUUAACAGGAUACUUUCAGCUUUACCCCCUAUUAAUGUAAGUGAAAUCAACAUUGAAGAUGAAAUGCCGUCGCCUAAGAGACCUGUAUCUGUUUCUAGUGAUGAUUUAAAUCGGUUAUCAAAGCCAUGGGAAUAUGUGACUGGUGUCUUUGAUUGUGAUGGUACAUGGAGACCCUGGCAAGAAUGUACCGAGCAAAAAUCAGUUGGGGAAAGCUUUAAGAUAUUGCCUUAUGUAAAUAUUGAUUAG